AUGGACAACGGCCGAUCGCAGGGCCCCAGUGUUCUCGACGACACAGACACUGGCGUCUCGGAGAACUCAAAUCCAAACGCAAACGCCAGGAAUCGACUCCCUGCUCGCCACUACCACACUCUCUACGAUGCGGUGGCCGGCAAGGUGCGCGCUCCGGAUUCCGAACAAGAGGCAACUAUGAUCAAGCACUCCCUCGCAGACAGCCCAGUCUCCCCAGCCGAACUCCUCUUCCGCCGCCUCAACGCGCCCAUCCGGUAUGCAGAGUAUGACAUUUACGCCUCGCAUACACGGGAUUUCCCGGACUAUGGCAACGCAGCGCUACCCGACAGUGAUCUUCUCAAGGCCAUUCACGCGUAUGCGAGUGGGUACUAUGCGCGGAACGCCGGGCCAGAGGAGGCACGAGUCUGGGAUGAGAAGAGCAUGGACGAGACUGCGCUGUUGGCUUUUGGCAUCCUGAUGGAAGAAGCUUCACGAGAAACGCUUGGUCGGAAAGGAGACUUGGUGUUCACCGAAGCGGAGAAGGACGAGGAGGGUCAAGGUGAUGUUCGCGCUGACGGCGCGGGCGACGAGCCACGAGCGAAAAAGAAGAGAAAGACGAGCGACAGCACCACCACCGAGAUGGUGGAUCGGACCAGGGAUGAUUGA